CCCACUGAGCUACAUAACUUUACUACCAAUGUAAACAUAUUUAAGACGUCAUGCCACACACAACGGGUCGGGUACAAUGUAGAGUCAAAUUUGAUCAGGAUGAAAAUAAUUUUGUUGCGAUGAACUCAGAAGAUGACAAGAAAACCACAUGUCUAACUAUCAUACGUGGCAUGAUGGCAGAAAACGUGAAAUUGAAGCCAAUUAUGCAAUUUUGGCCAGAAAAACUACUCCUUACUCUUAUCCGUACAUACGAUAGUAACCAUUCCAGCGUCUUAGACGUGGUAAAUUGUUUGCAAACUUGCAUAACGGAAACGUAUCCUGAAUUGUUCGGACUUAUAAAUCUUUCCAAAUUGCGACCCGUUUUGGACAAAAAGCUCUUCUCCCUGGUGAAGCACGCCAGCCCAAAGAAUCCUGGCAUUUUAAUGUUUAAAUUUAAAAAUUGGAAACCAUCCGACGUCUCUCCAGACCAAUUAACCGCUGUUGCAACGGUGUACUACCAUCAACUCGGGCGAAAUAGUAAGGAUAUCCAGAAAAAUGGGAUCCUCGUUCUGCUAGACGCUGAGGGACUUGGGUUCAGCCAUGUUCGCCAGAUGUCACACAAUUUUGUCAAAAAGGUUCUUUACUGCAAUGUGUACACGUCCCCGGUUCGAGUUAUUGGUUACGUUGUGUACAAUAGUUCAUUCUUGAUGGAAAAGAUUUACAACGUGCUAAAACAUGCGGUGCCGGAGAGGUCGAGGAAAGAUGUUUAUAUCCUCAGAAAAGACCUGACCCAGCUGCACGAGAUGGUUCCAGAUAAACAGUUUUUGCCCACUUGCGUCGGCGGGGAGGUUCCGAAUGACGUUGCGUUUCAAGAGGACGCUGAGAUUGCUGCGUUGGAGGACCUCACAAUGCAAAAUCUUGUGACAGAUUUACAGAGAGAGUACGGAUUGGGGAAGAAGUGAUGUUCUACAUAGCGAUUAUCUAUAUGACCUUACUGUGUUUUACUUCAUUAGACAGAUUUACAUAGGCCUCGGUAAGGUCACAACCAAGGUUGUAAGAGAAUAAAAACAAGCGAAAAUAAAUUUCAAAAAGUUUAUACUGUAUUAGAUGAAGUUUAAUAAUUUUACACAUAUCCAUGUUUGUUUUAUUAAACCAUGUUCUAAAAAAUCUUAAAUUUCCAAUAAGCUUUGAAAUAUACCUAUUGUAAUUCCAGGCAAUACGAUGCCUUGUUUGAUCUGUUGGGAGUUUGAAUAAAGGGUUAUUUACAAACAAAA